AUGAUCAACUGGUUUGAAAUCAAUAAAAUAGUUUCCCAAUUUGGAUUCUUUAUUACAACGUCAUCGCAGCUUACUGUUAUUUUCCUAACGUUGUUAUUCGUGAGAAAAGAUUUAGGAGCUUACAAGCAUCUGGUAGUCUUAUUCUCAACUGUUGGAGUUUUAUUUGCAAUUUUGGAGUUCUUGCUAUAUCCAGGUCUUCACUUGCAUAAUGCCGGAUACAUAGUCUAUAUCAACAAUCGUCCAUUUGAUGCUUCAAAGCCACUUCUCACACUAAUUUUAGCAGUUUACUGUAGUUUAUACUGCACUGCAAUAUCUCUUCUAGCUGUACAAUUUGUCUACCGUUACAUUGCAGUGUUUUAUCCGAUUCACUUAAAAUAUUUUGACAAGUGGUAUUUGUUGAUUUGGGUUUGUUACGCAGUAUGGUUUGAGUUUCAAUGGGGAGGUGGAAUCUUCAAGUUUGAUGAAGUGGAUGAUUAUUCGGAGGAGUACACGAGACAAACAAUGAUGGAUUAUUACCAAAUUGAUGUCUCGGAAGUUCCAUGUUUGGUAAAUGUUGUUUAUCAAACAAUUCCCAACUCUACAGACACAUUCAUCCGCUGGAACAACGCAUUCAACACAUUAAACAUGACAUUUGUCGGCACACUUCAAUACUCUAUCAUGAUAUUCUGCGGCUACAAAUUGUAUUAUAAAAUGGAAGAGAAGCUCAGCAUUUGUUCAGACGAUUCUCGAAAACUUCAUCGUCAAAUUGUCAAAACUCUUCUGCUUCAGAUAAUAACACCAACCAUCGUGAUGUACUCGCCAGUGUUCUUAGUGAUUUACCUACCACUUUUAAAUCUGGAUUUCAGCCUGCCAAUGGGAAUAUUUUUGGGCAUUUUUUCUCUUUAUCCGGCUCUGGAUGCAUUCAUAUUGAUGUAUGUUGUCACAGACUACAGGAGAGCUCUCAAAGAUGUGUUAAAAGUUCUCAAUCCAUUCAAAAAAGUAACCGUUAGUACUUUGGUGGUAAUUCCUGGGCAAGCACAAUUUAUACCAUAA